AUGAUGAUCCCCAACAUUGCCGUGGCCGCUCUGGCCCUCGCGGCCGCUCCGUUGGCCGUGGCCCAGAACCCCUAUCCCAUCACCGGUGUCCCCAUCCCGCCAGAAAACAACGGUGCCGCGCCCAUGAGGCUCAACAUCAACACCCUCCAAGCCAAUGGCGGCCCCAUGUGGGAUCUCUACAUUCGCGCCAACAGGGCCAUGCAGGCCCGCGACGUGAACAACCCGCUUGGCUGGUUCCAGAUCGAAGGCAUCCACGGACGACCGUUCAUAGCGUGGAACAACACAGGAGGAAGACGGGCUACCGGCUGGGCCGGCUACUGCCCUCACGGUGAGGCACUCUUUGUGUCGUGGCACCGACCAUACGUCCUACUCUACGAGCAAGCGCUUGUCAUGAACGCGAAGCGCAUCGCCCUCAAAUAUCCUCAAAGCGUCCGGGCGCAGUACGUCGCUGCCGCCAACCGACUCCGGGCCCCCUACUGGGAUUGGGCCUCGAACCCGACGGUGCCGCCGGCGACGGUGCCUGAGAGGGUCACCAUCAUGAUUCCCGACGGCAACAGAAACAGAGUCGUUCCGAGGGAAGUCCGCAACCCGCUCACCAACUACAAGGUCCCCGACGCGGCCCGGCAGUUCGAUGGCUUCCAAAACCUGCAGCAGACGACACGGUGCCCGUCGCCGCAGAGGUACCCGGAGUCGGCCAACACGCUGCUCGCCCGCCGCCCGUACAGGUCGUGGAUCUACGAUCUCUUCACCCGCGGUACCACCUUUUCCGAGUUCGCCGUCUCCGGCGGCAACAUUGUCAGUCUCGAGCUCAUCCACAACGGUGUCCACUGGGACGGCGCGUGCGGACAGCAGUUCCUCAGCCCGGACCUCUCCGCCUUUGAUCCUCUCUUCAUGCUGCAUCACACAAACAUCGACCGCUUCUGGAGCUACUGGCAGGCCAUCCACCCUACGCAGGGCAUCUUCACCAACUCGUACAGCGGCCAGUCGCGCUGGGCGACCCCUGGCGGCACCACCAUCAACUCGGCGUCGGCCCUCCAGCCCUUCUACAUGGCCAACGGCUCUCCGCACACGACCCAGACCGUCCGCAACAUCCGGAACUUUGGCUACACGUACGAGGGCCUCGAAUACUGGAGAAUGUCGCCUGCCCAGUUGACGCAGUCGGCCACGACCCUCAUCAACCGAAUGUACGGCCCAACCACCGGCCCAACCCGGGGCCAAACCAGGGGCCAAGGCAUCGCGCGCCGGGCCGAGACGCAGAAUAUCGAACGAUUCUUCGUUCACAUCACGGCCGAACGCGGCGACCUCCAAAGGCCGUGCGAGAUCGAGAUUAGCGUCGACGGCAAGGUCUGCGGCAGUGUCGUCGUCAUGAAGGCGCCGGCCGCCGGUCCUCUCGAGGCCGCCUUGGCUCUCGACCGCGUCGUCGCGCCCGUGGAGACGGCAAAUCUCGCCGGCAACACGACCCGCGACGUCGUCUCUAAUGGCAUGACGAUUCGCAUCUGGAAUCCCGAUGGCAGCCUCCAGCAGCUCCCGAAGAGCCUCAACGCCACGCUCGAGAAUGUCCUCAUCACGCCAGCCGUGCAAAAAGACCAGUUCCCAAAAUUCGGCGCUCGGAAAAUGUCCAAGGUGAAGAACAUAAAAGUCAACACGAACUUCCAGGUGAACUACCAAAACAUGAAAAACGUCCAGGGCAGUGUGAAGUCGCACCUGAAGACGGUGAUGCAAUCCAGUCAAACUGUGAAAGCCUACAAACAGAUGGAAAUAAGCUAUUAG